AUGGAUCGAAUUAAAAAAUCAAGCGGAACAGAACUAAUGUUUUAUUAAGAAUACAUAAAUCAAGUUAAGAAAAUACGGGAUGCUUAGCCAACUUUGGUAAUAAAAAGUGAUUAGACCUAUAAGAAGGUCAAAAAUGAAUUGUAAUAUGAGUACGCCAGACUUAAAAAUCAAAGAGAGCGCGAAAUUGAGUAAGAAAACAAAAAAAUGAAAUAAACUGGACCCACGAGUUUGAAUAUAAGUCAUCGCAGAAACAUUAUCAACUAGAUUAAUUAGGAAAAUGAUGAUCUAGUUAAAAAACUAGAGAGCAUAUAGGCCACUGUGCCUAAUAGAAAAACUCUUGAUAAAAAUACAGAGAAAAUUUUGAGUACUUCUAAGCUUAAAACUUCGAGAGUUACUUCCUAAACAUCUUUGAAUACUAGUUUACCUCAAAUCAAUCAGAGGAGAGAUAUGAAAUUAGAUCUAGAAGGUCUAUGGGGAAAUAACAACUUGAAUAACACUACUCUGGAAUCAAAGAGUCCUAGAUCUCCAGUAUUUUAACAGAAUCAAAAUAAUAUCCCUUAACUGAAGAUGGACUACUCUUCAACUAUGAUAUUCGACGAUAAUAUGGAAAAUUUACUUACAAAGAGACCUGCCAAAAAGUUAGGAUAACUCCCAAGUUUUCAUAGGAGAUCACUUAGUGUUCAAAAGCAAGGUGAAACAAGCAGAACGAAUAAGUAGCCUAAUUAAUUAAAUUAAGAGGUUGAAAGAAUGAGAAGAAUGAUAAAUGACGUCAGUGAAUAGUCAUUUGAUCUUUCUGAUAAUCAGAGUAGGUAUUAAAAGUAGUAGCCUUAGCAAUAGGAAUACUCAUAGGUAAAAAUUAAGAAAAUCCAAAAGAAAAACCCUGAUUUCUUGGACAAAAUUUAAUAAAAUAUUAACCAGUAGAAUGAAUUUUGA